CUGACGUCAUAAGAUAAAUACAGCGGCUUACUCAAGUGAUAUGUACAACGAUACAAGGCAAUAUAUAAUUCUCACCUCUCAGGAGAUGUUCGCGCUAAUAUUAAAGUUCGCACGUUUCAAAGAGCUACAUGAUUAACACACAUAAUGCUCGAAUAUUACUAUCUUUAUGAAGGUACAUUGAAGAAAAUCACACUGAUAUAUAAACCGUAUCAAGUUAGGUUUUGAACAAAUCUUCAAUGCUUAAAAGGAUGAACAAAUAGGAUGCAUUGAUUUGGGCACAAUAUUUUAACUGAACAUCAAAAAUUUCAUCACCAAUACGCAUGCGUGGUCUGGACAAGGUAUGAACAGCGUUAAAUGACAGAUUCUCGAAAUGCGCACUAAAUUAACAAUGUGGAAAAUUGUGAUCCUUCAAUGUACAUUAUUACUCCUAAUGAUUUGCCUGCACGCGGGAGGAGAAACCCUGGAUAAGCUGUGCAAUAAGGACCGUCAACUCACCGUCAAAUAUUGGGAUCAUGGUCCAUAUAUCACACGUACAUCACGUGAUUCCGUAACGGGAAUCUUCCCAAGCUUUCUCGAUGACAUGGUGGGACAUUGCUGCAAAGGAGCUCAAGUCAAGUACCAGCAAACUAGCGGACCAGCGGAUUUCUACAAGACUAUAAAGGAAAUGAAAUUGACCAAAUCUUCACUUUCAUUUGACAUGGUGUUGCCUGUUUACGUUGAAAGUUUUGGCAAAGAAUCAUUCGAAAAUUUAACAUUCGUAGCUAUGACUGAAUCACUUGGUAUGGCCGUGUUGAAACAUAGUAACGUCUCAAGGGGAAAACUCAUGGUCUCUCUUCUACAAUCGUGGCCAGUUUUGAUUUUUAUUCUACUCAUUGCCUCACUUGCGGGAAUUCUUAUUUGGAUAGUGGAAAGAAAAUCCAACCCAAAGUUUGCAGAAUUAUUCCCACAAGGUGCAUUUGAUGGUUUCUGGUGGGCUUUUGUUAGUAUGACAUCUGUAGGUUAUGGAGACAAGUAUCCAAAGACGAUAGUUGGCAAGUUACUUGGUUCUUGCUGGUUGGUUUUAGGAAUGCUAUUUGUCACCAUGUUUAUUGGAAUUUUAACUACAACAUUAAUGAACUUAUUUAUGGAAGGCACAUUUGAUAUUCAGAAUGAAAUGGUCGCAGUUGUGAAUGGAAGCGUGGCUCACUGGUUAGGCAUUGAACAUCAUGCGUCAUGUAAAGCUAUGAAAAAACAGGAAGAGUUAUACGAACUGUUGAUCAACUACAAAGUAGACGCGGCUUUGGUUGACAUAAACAGUUUGAAAGAAGCGGCGGGCGACUUACAAAGGAACUACAAAAUUAAAGUCACUGGAAUUCUACCAAAAGAGACAUUCUACGGACUUGUGCUUAGCAGAAGAACAGAAAGUUUAGCUAAAUGCUUUCGAAGAUACAUUGAAAUCAACGAGCUAGCUAUAUUCAGAAAGAUGUCGCAGUUUAGUGGAAAGCAAAAGAACAAACUUGAUCCAGCAGAAGAUUAUUUUGGAAGUGGCGGAAUCUUUAGUAUAUGUGUGUACUCUAUGUUGGCAAGUCUGGCAUUAUUCUGUGUUGUUGGUUGUCUUUGGGAGUUGUGUAAACGAAAACACUCAACGCUUAUGAAAGAAGGCAACGAUGAGUACUACAGCAAAAAUGGUUCAAUUAGUGGAUGCACAAAACUUGGAACAAUGGACACAUCAUUGGAAACGUUACCAAGUAAAGAACAAUACCAUCUUAAAGACUCAUUUGAAGCAAUAAACCAGUUAUAUUCAAGACAAACUAACGUCUGAUAGACAGACGUGUCAAUGACAAGUUAAAAUACAACAAACAAAGAUACUAUACGUGAAUUUUGAUGACAUUAUAACGUUUUUCAGUUGACUCCAGUUUUUCAAUGAAAUGUAAAUAGUCGACAGUUCAGAACCUGGGGGAGUGUGUAAACUCAUUUUGACAAGAUCUUGUAAAAGACUUGCGUAAAUGGUCGAAUUGCAUGGUUGUGAGACUAAACCUCUGGUUGGCUGUAAGCCACAGGCUAAAUUCAGGGAAAAACUACAACUUUAAUUGGGUGGUGGAGGGGGGGGGUAUAUACUCAUAUAUUCAACUCUGUCCUACUGAUUUCUUUUGUUGGCAAUUUUAAUUUCAAAAGAAGUCAGCUAUGCAGAGCUGAAUACAUUAAUAUAUACUCCCCCUCCAAUUAACGCCCAGGGUAAAAUAUGAAAAAGCUUUAAAUAUAAAUGUUGACAUUAUAUUAUAAUUUCAAUCUAUUA